AAAUACACUGCUGACGAGCUCUCCCGUCUUUACCCAAAGGAGCUGGCGCUACAGCAGGUUCAAGUUCGAACAACUCGUGGGACGAGCUGGCUUAUAGGCGAAGACUCGAAACUUUCGAUGAAAAAGAUGACUCUGCUGUUCUGUCACAUGGUCCUGGACGCGAGACUGAUGGAAUCUGCNCUUCCCGGUGAACUCACUGAUCAAGGACGUGCUUCUACUCUGGCUUUGGGCCAGCGCCUACGUGGCUUGUACGUGGACCAGCUUGGUUUCAUGCCUGCCGUCCUGCAGGACGCGAACCACAUGUACCUGCGAGCCACUCCUAUCCCAAGAGCUCUUGAGUCUGUACAGCAGACCUUCUAUGGAUUGUAUCCUCCUUCGUCGAGAGCUGCUGACUUCGUUCCGCCGACCAUUGUUCAGCGUCAACCUAGUCAUGAGACGCUCUUCCCUAAUGAGGGUGCUUGUCGGCGUUUUGCCCAACUUAGUCAGGCCUUUGCUCAAAGAACUUCAGAUCGUUGGAAUGACUCGCCAGACAUGGCAUAUCUCAACAAGAUGAUCGGGAAAUGGAUGCCUGAAGAUACGCCUACCGUCAAGGUUGAUGGCCAUCCAAGACUGAGUGGUAUCAUGGACACUGUCAAUUCGACUCUUGCUCAUCCUCAAGAAACUCGCCUACCGAAGGAGUUCUACGACACCAAGGGCAGAGCGAUUAUCGACAAGAUCGGUGUAGAGGAAUGGUUUUCAGGCUACAUGGAGUCUAACGAAUAUCGCCAGCUUGGUAAGAGCAUAGCUACGGAAAAGACUGUGCUUGUUACUGACGACCGAUANGGUAUUGGUGGGUUGAUGGGCGAUGUUGUAAGUCGCAUGGUCGAAAAAACCAGAGCACCAACCACCAGCAACAGCGACAUCCAAAUGGCACUCUCUGGUUGCCACGACACAACUCUGGCUGCUGUGCUUAGCAGUAUGGGGGCCUUCCAGGGCGAAGCCUGGCCCCCUUACACCAGUCAUGUGGCUAUUGAGUUGUUCAAGGAUCGUACGGCCUCUACGGCUACCCAGCCUGCAAUCACCACGGGUAGUUGGUGGAGUUCGCUGUUCCCAGCCAAGAGUAUGUUGAGUCCGGACGCUUCUCCCCGCACACCUUUAUCAAAUGUUUCCGCGUCCGACAAGCAAAAACUGGAUGGCUAUUACGUUCGACUCCGCUACAAUGACCGCCCUAUGAAAGUUCCUGGAUGCAGACCAGCUGGAAAGCAUUAUGGCGAUGAUGAGAGCUUGUGUACCCUGGAAGCGUUCAAGGGCAUUGUGGACAAGUUCACUCCCAAAAACUGGAAGCAGGCUUGUGGUGCCCGCCUAGGAGAAAAUGCGUUCCCUGAGAAUGUCGAGCCUGCCGGUGUGUAA